AUGAGUCACAUAGAGGGAGAAGCAAUGAAGGCAGAGAAAAUGAGAACUCUGAAGGAAUGGUUCACUUCAUCCCAGGUUCUAUGCAGCAUGUUGCUAGUGCAAAUUUUUGUAUCUGGGAUGCAGUUGCUAUCAAGGGUCAUAUUGGUUCAAGGAACUUUCAUUGGUGCACUUAUUGUUUAUCGUCACCUUGUUGCUGCUAUUUUUGUUGCCCCCUUUGCACUCUACUUUGAAAGAGGUCGCCCAAAGAAGUUCAAUUGCAAGGUUUGGUUUUGGCUCUUCAUUAAUGCACUAAUGGGGAUGGCCCUGGCUCAGGGAUUGUUCUAUUAUGGUCUGCGAGACACAUCAGCAACUUACUCUAUCAAUUUUCUCAACUUGGUUCCUAUAAGCACUUUCAUUACCUCUAUCAUAUGCAGAAUGGAGAAUCUGAAGUUGCAGACAUGGGUUGGUAAAGCUAAGUCUGGAGGGGCAAUUUUGUGUCUUGGAGGAGCAUUAGUGAAGUUGCUUAAAGUGUUUCCAUUGAGGUAUUGGGGAACAAUGGUAUCAUGCAUUCUAGCAGCAAUUCAAGCAGCAAUAGUAGGUAGUUUCUUAGAUGCAAGUAACGCUGCUUGGAGAAUAGAGUUGAAUCUACAACUCAUCGCUGUACUUUAUUCGGGUGCACUGGCCACUGCUGCUACGUUCUGCAUGCUAUCUUGGGCAAUAACAAUCAAAGGACCAAGUUAUCCUCCAAUGUUUAAUCCCCUUUCUCUUAUCUUUGUGUCCUUUUCAGAGGCUAUCUUACUUGGAGAACCGUUAGGAGUUGGAACGUUGGUUGGCAUGGUUUUGAUCAUAAUGGGAUUGUACUUGUUCUUGUGGGGCAAAAAGAAGGACACACAGAGCUUGGCUCAACCAAAUGUUGCAGAUGCAGAAGGAUCAACCAUGAUGGGUGAUGGGCUCAGUGCAGCCCAAUCAGCAUCCACAGUCGUAACAAGUGCUUCACCCACAGAUUCUGUGGUUCUUCAAGUUGAAAAAGACUGA